ACGUGAGGCCCAGCGGCGGCGGAGCUACGGCAAGAGAGUGAGAGAAAAGGGAAGCCGGAAGGGGCACGAGUGGAGCACGGCGCGGGGGGAGAAGACAGCGCCCGAGAGGGCUAGGGGUGCGCGUGCGCCCGCUUCCCGCCAGCUCUCCGCGGGCCCGCUGCCUCUUUUGCGGCCGGGUGACAGCUCGGCCUUGCCCGCGCGCUGCCGUAGGCGCGAAGAGCGCGCCUGUCUUCGUGCGGCGCCGGCCGCCCCUCCCCCUCGCCCUGCCUGUCCCGUCGCGUCCAGUCCCCUCGGGUGGCGGCGGCCGGGUGCCGAUCGGCGGCAGCGGGGACAUUUCCUGACGCCUCGGUCCCUGUCCCGGCUCCCCCGGCUGCUUUUCCCACCCCGUCUCGGGGCCGGCCGCUACUCCGGUCCCAGGAUGCAGAAUAUGAUUAACACGGUGAAGGGAAAGGCACUGGAAGUGGCUGAGUACCUGACCCCGGUCCUCAAGGAAUCAAAGUUUAAGGAAACAGGUGUCAUCACCCCGGAGGAGUUUGUGGCAGCUGGAGAUCACUUAGUCCACCACUGUCCGACAUGGCAAUGGGCUUCAGGGGAAGAAUUGAAAGUGAAGGCGUACCUCCCAACAGGCAAACAAUUUUUGGUAACCAAAAAUGUGCCCUGUUACAAGCGGUGCAAACAGAUGGAGUAUUCAAAUGAAUUGGAAGCUAUCAUUGAAGAAGAUGAUGGUGAUGGGGGAUGGGUAGACACAUAUCACAACACAGGUAUUGCAGGAAUAACAGAAGCUGUUAAGGAAAUUACACUGGAAAGCAAGGACAGUAUGAAACUCCAUGAUUGCUCAGUGUUAUGUGAGGAAGAAGAGGAAGAUGAAGGAGAAGCUGCAGAUAUGGAAGAGUAUGAAGAGAGUGGAUUGUUGGAAACAGAUGAGGCUACCCUAGACACAAGGAAAAUAGCAGAAGCUUGUAAAUCUAAAACUGAUGCUGGAGGUGAAGAUGCAAUUUUGCAAACCAGAACUUACGACCUUUACAUCACUUACGAUAAAUACUACCAGACGCCACGGCUAUGGUUGUUUGGCUAUGAUGAGCAACGGCAGCCUUUAACAGUUGAGCAUAUGUAUGAAGAUAUCAGUCAAGAUCAUGUGAAGAAAACAGUGACCAUUGAGAAUCACCCUCAUCUUCCACCCCCUCCUAUGUGCUCAGUUCACCCAUGCAGGCAUGCUGAGGUGAUGAAGAAAAUCAUUGAAACUGUUGCAGAAGGAGGGGGAGAGCUUGGUGUUCAUAUGUAUCUUCUAAUUUUCUUGAAAUUUGUACAAGCUGUCAUUCCAACAAUAGAAUAUGACUACACAAGACACUUCACAAUGUAAUGAAGAGAGCAUAGAAUCUAUCCUAAUUACUGGUUCUAAUUUUUAAAGAAUUAACCCAUAGAUGUGACCGUUGACCAUAUUCACCAAUAUAUAUAAUUUCUCUAAUAAAGGGACUUAUAUGUUUAUGCAUUAAAUAAAAGUGUUCUGCUACCAGCCUUAUUUGUUUAAUAAAAAUGAGUGUAAAGAGAUGCUUUUUUGCUUCUUAUCAAAAGGUUAUAAUGGGAUUUUCCUAAAUAACAGCUCUUUUAAUGAAGAAGUGUGCAAUAUAGAAUGAUGACAGUAUUUUUAGUUAAAUUUAUGAAGAAGGCAUUAAAUGUGUAAUAGAAUGUCUUAGUUUCCUAGUGCUGCUGUACCAGAAGUGCUACAAGUGGGUGGCUUUCCAGAACAGAAAUUUAUCUUCUCAUAGUUCUGGAGACUAAAAGGCCUAGUCAGGGUCUCAGCUAUGUGGAUUUCUUCCUUGAGCCUCUCCCUUAGUUUCUGGUGUCUGCUGGCAAUCUUUGGAGUUCCUUGGCUUGUAGAGGAUCCUUUCCCUGUAUGCUUGUCUAUUCUGGUCUUUAGAAAACUCAGAAGUGAUUAGGUUUAGGAUCUACCCUACACUGGUAUGACCUCAGCUGACUGAUUACAUUACGUUGUAUUAUGGAAGGUGAUUACAUUAUAUUACAUUGAGUGUAAUUGCAUUACGUUGAAUUAGAUUGCAUCCACAGAUCUAGGCUUUAGGAUUCCAACACACAUUUUGAGGGAAUACAGUUCAGCUCAUAACAGUAUCAAAACUAGGAUAGAAGAGAAGCUAAACAAAA